CUAAAGGAACCGCCGCCCGACCGAACACCUGGCACGCCUGGCACGACCACCUUCUCUGGAUAACAUGAGUUUGAGCACACUUUUAGAAGCCGCUAGAUUUCUGGAAAUGCAAGAACAGCAAAACAACCGAACGACGGUCGCCGCCGAGACGCUCGCCACGAUGACGCCGGUCGCGACGACCGUCAAAAAGGAGCACGUCCAACAGAACGGCGUCUCGACGAUAGCCCUUUCGCAGGCCGCCUUCAAGACAGUCACGGCGAACACGACGCCCCAAACCGUCGUCAUAUCGUCGAGCAAUCUUUCGCAGGCCAUACUGCAAGGUGUACAAGGACCCAUCGCCAUAUCGACCACCCCACCGGCGCAAUUGCAGCUGAAAAAAGACCACCAAGACCAGCAGGUGUCGAGCACGACGCUGCCGCAGCUGCCGAGACAGCAGCGCGUGUUGCACAACAGCUUCGACAUCCGCAACACGGGCGGCAACGGGACCGGCGCGUCGAGCGGCAAGCGGAAACAGCCGCCGCUGGUCUUUCGGGCUGGCACGCGCGAGGUCCACAACAAAUUGGAGAAGCACCGGCGGGCGCACCUCAAGGAGUGCUUCGACAUACUGAAGAAGCAGCUGCCGUCGCGGCAGGACGAGAAGAAACCGUCGAACCUCAGCAUACUGCAUUCGGCGUUGAGGUACAUACAGGCGUUGAAGAGGAAGGAGCGCGAGCUGGAGCACGAAAUGGAGCGGCUGGCGCGCGAGAAGAUCAGCGCCCAACAGCGAUUGGCCGUGUUGAAAAAGGACAUCAUGUCGCAUUACGAUAACAUCGAUUUCUCGAAGAUCCUGCCGGAGGGGAACGGAUCGUUGAAGGACGAGCCGGUGUCGGUCAAGGACGAAGUGGACGACGUGGAGGAGAUUUCGUUUAACGGGAAUUGCGCGCAAAACGACGACCUGCCGGAGGUGACGACGAUACCGAUUCUGCCCAAGCCCAGCAUUCCCGUCGUUACGCAAAAUCUGACGACAAUCAAAGAAGUAUCGCAACCGGUCCAAACGACGGCCCUCUCUGUACUCCCGAUGACCUAUCCCGUCAACCAGCUGAACUCCGGUCUGGUACUCCAAAAAGUGGCUAUCGUACCGAAAGGUUUGGACCACCUGACGCCGUUGGUGUCGACGCACUUCAUCACGCCUCAGCAGAUCAACGGCGGCAAAGUGGUACCUCUCACGCAGUACCUGGUCAAACCCGUGGUGGUGGUGAGUACGGCGUCGCCGCGCCCGAGCUAGUAGGCCCUGGCGUCGCGGCAGCGCCUGCUUCGAUAUAUACAU